AUGGGCGGAGGGCGUGCAAGGGUGUCGCUCUAAACAAACUAACAAAAAAAAAAGACGCAGCAUGUGCCUUUUUGAAAAAUUCCGGUGUGGUUCAGAAAUGAAACCAUGAAGUGUCACACAGUCAGAGAGGAAGCGACAGAGGGGAGAGGACGGGCCACGCAAAGAAAUGUCUAAAUACUUCACCAGACGAACGAUGGCUGCUCGUCUUUAAUGAGCUUCCUCCCGUUGGGUUACACGAUGGACUCCAACAUCAUGGAGACCGUAGAGGAAUUCAUGGCGAGUGCGUUGGCGCAAUGGGUUCAGCUCUUUGAGAAGAUGUUGGAGAGGGAGGACAGCGGGCCGCUUUACAGCCAGUACAUGGAAGUAAACUCAAUUUCCCAAAGUGCCAGGGAUCGUUACACGAGGCUGACCGAUGGGAUAUUCCUCAAUGAGAUCAUGAGGAUCAUAGACCCCAACCCCAAAGUGGAGCAGCUGUACGACAGCGAGACAGAUGACCGCAUGUCGAAAGUCCAGAACUUUUCAAUUUUAAACCGACACAUCAGAGCCUUCUACCAGGAGGACCUGCAGCAGUUGAUAUUGAUGCCCCUCCCAAACGUGGCCAUUCUGGGGCAGGACCCCAUAACAGAGGCAGCCGUGGAGGAGCUCAGGCGGCUGCUUCUCCUCCUGCUGGGAUGCGCUGUGCAGUGUGAGGAGAAGGAGGCGUUCAUUCAGCAGAUCCAAUCUCUGGACAUUGAGACCCAGGCGGCCAUCGCCAGCUGCAUCCAGCAGGUGACGCAGGAUCCUCGCGCGGUGCUGCCGCUCAGGUGGGAGGAGCUGGCAGAGGUGGAAGGUGCGGACUUUCAGCUGGUGUUCACCUCCAUGACCAAACAGAUCCAAAACCUGCUGGCGCAGAGAGACACACAUCUGGAGAGGAUCGCAGAGCUUUGUCGGGAGCGGGAGGCCCGGCCUGACUCACCCACGUCGCCCCAGGGUGGUCACGGCAAGGAGGCACCCCGAGGUCUGGUACUCCAGCUGGCAGACAGCAAGGCCACCCUGCGCCGCCUUAAACAACAACUGGAAGAUAAAGGUGAUCAGCUAUUGGAUUACAACCUGGAGAUUCAAACCAUGGAGGACCAGCUCAAGAAACUUCACAAAGAGAACCGCUCUCUGCAGGGUGAGGUGAGGGGCAUGCGCGCCCUGCGGGACGAGCUGGACUGCGCCCGGGAGCGCGCUGCGCGCGGCGAGCAGCUCCAGACUGAGCUUCAGAGCUGUAAACACAGACUGCGCAGCCUGGAGCUCACACGCACGCAGCUGAAGGAGCAGCAGCAGCUGUGUGCAGCGCUGCAGGAGACCAAAGUUCUUCUGGAAGAACAACUGGCCGACGCGCGGGCGCGCUGCACCUCGCUCAGGGAGCUGGAGAGGGACAACAUUCUGCUGCGCCAUAGAAUCAUGGACGUGGAAGGGGAGCGGGACAUCGAGAGGCAGCGGGUUGAUGAGCUGCUGGAGAUGAACAUGAGCCUUGAGGCGGACUUUAGGCACAACAACCGCAGCAGCAGCGGCGGCGGCGGUGGCGGCGUUGCUGCUCCGGUCCACGCGGUUCAUGGACGUUUCCUCCAAUCAGAACUGAACUCCGACGAAGAGAUGAUGGACCUGAUUGGUGAGAAGCCGCUGAGCGUGGAGGUGGGCGAGGCUUCGACGCUGAUGCUGCUGGGAGCGGAGCAGGAGAACGCGGAGCUGAGGAGACAACUGGAGGAGCUGCAGGCCCAGCAGGAGGCUGAUUCUCCGGAGGACAAAGAUGAGCUGGCGUGCCUGAAGACGGAGCACGAGAACGCACUGAGAGAGCUUCAAAACGUGAAGAAUGAAACUGCCACUUUGAAGCAGCGCCUUGAACAGCUGUUGACCAAACCGCAACAAAUAGAAGAAAAACGGAAGGUUGAAGGAGAGAAGAAGCCUAACUGCAAGGAGGAGGAGGUGGUGGAAGAUGAGAAAGAGGAGGAGGAGAAGGAAAAGGAGAGAGGAAUCCAGGGCUAUGAAGGCUGCAGGGGAGAGGGGGAGGGAAGGGUGCGGAUGAUGGGGGUGAGAGAGGGUGGAGGAGAGAUCAUUGUAACCCAGAGGGAAGCAGGAGUUGGAGAAGAGAUUGUCCAUGUUGAAGGAGAAAAUGAGGAACGAUGCGAUGAGGAGAUCGAAUCCAAAAGGAGAGGAGAGGCGGAGGGAGGACAAAUAGAGAAGGUGAAAGAAAUACAAUUAAAGAAAGAACAAACUGCUGUAGCAACCAGCUCAGAGAUCCACGACCCCCCCAAAGGCUUAGAAAACAAUACAGAGACCACGUGUGCAGACCAGGCGGUUUGUUCAUUGCCUGGUGCUGAUGUGGAGCUUCUAACAAAGCGGCUCCAGGAGGCCCACGAGGAAGCUGAACAACAGGCGAUGGUGGCCCAGGACCUGCGCUCCAAGCUGGGGGAGCAGAGCAAGAAAACUUGGGGGGCUGAGCAGCGACUGGUGGUCCUGGAGGCUGAGCUGCAGCGUCUAAAGAAAGCUGCUGAGAGUCUGGGAGACGCCCGCAGGCAGAUAGAGGUUCUUCAGUCCGAGGGUCUGGCUUCGGAGGAGGAGCUGUGCCGCCUGCGAAGCCAAGCAGAGCUUCACAGGAUGCAGACCACGGUCAUCGCCACCCUGGAGGGGGAGCGAGCCGCUCUGGAGAGGGACAGGGACGCGCUACGCAGCGCCACGGACGCCCUGCGCACCGCCCACCGCAAGAGUGACCAGCUCGAGCUUUCCUGUCAGACUCUCAGGGCCGAGUUGGAACGACAAGGUCGGAGUUUGGAGACUUCACGUCGUCGGGAAGACGAGCUGGAGGCGGAGCUGCGCGAGGCGGCUGUGGAGGCCGAAUCUCUGGCCCGGGCGCGAGACCAGGCGCUGAUGGAGGUGUCCAGGCUGGAGCAGGAGAAAGAGCUGUGUCAGUCGGCGCACGAAAGCCUACGGAAGGAGGGGAGGCAGAGAGAGAGAGAGGCGGCGAGGCUGAGGCAGCAGCUGGACAGCACAACCCUGGCCCUCGAGCACAGCAACCAGAGAGCUCGGGCCCUGGACGCUGAACAUAGACGGGUGCACCAGCAGCUGUCUGAAUCCAAGGAGCUCUGCACUCGGCUACAGGACCUUGAGAAGGAGUUCAGCACUCGAUUAACCAGCAUGGAGGAGGGUAAACAGCAGCUGCAGGAGCAGUAUGCAGAUGCUCAGGCCAAGAUUAAUUCACUGUCCCAGGACCUUUCAAAUGAGCGGGAAAAGUCCCUGAAACUGUCCACCGAAGUCGAAUGUCUGUGCCAGAAACUACAAAAAGCCGACGCUGAACUAAAGACGACCACCGGUUCUCUCAGCCAAUCACAGGAGAGAAUAGAGUCGCUCUGCCAGAGCCUGAAGAAGAGUGAACCUCUGCACCAGAGAGGAGGGAGUGUGGAGGUGGACGCUUCGAGUUCAUAUUCAGACUCCUCGGACAAAGUACACAUUUCUCAGACGCAAACCCAGAAGACGUCACAUCUGGAUCCGUCCCCCGCAGCUGGCGAAGGUCGGGACCUUUCCUUGACCCGUGAAAACGCAGGAGAGACGGAAAGGCAGCUGAGUGAGCGGGUGGCGGAGCUGGAAGGAGAGAAAGCGCUGGCGCUUGCGGAACGCGAGGCUCUGCUGCCGCGGCUGACUCAGUCCCAGGAGGCGUGCGAGCACCUUAGGGAGCAGCUGGAGGCUCUGCGCCGGCACUCCCUCAGCCUGCAGGACUCCUGCACCCGGCUGCAGACGCUCAACACCCAGCUACAGGUGGAGCAGGCAUCCGUGAGCUCCCAGCAUGCAGCGGUGCUGGCGCGCUGCAGCGAGAGCGAGGCCCGCCGCGCGGCCCUGGAGGCCGAGGCCACGGUGUGGGCGCGGGAGCGCGAGGAGUCGGCGGCCCGGGUGGAGGCUCUGAGGCGGGACCACGAGCGGAUGGCGGCUCUGCAGCAGCGGCAGGAGGCGGAGCUGGAGGAGCUGCUGGACAAACACUCUCAGCUGAGGAGCAACAACCGCGGCCUGGAGGCUCAGCACAGGGAGCUGGAGGCCAGGUACAAGGAGCUCGUUGACCUUAAGUCCCAGCUGAAUGAGAGGGAGCUGGAGAUGAAGAUGGAGAAAAGGGAGAUGGAAGCAGAAGCCCAGAGGAGACUUGAGAGAGAACGAGAGCUGCAGAGGCUGAGAGAGGAGAACGAGAGGCUGCAGGCCCAGCAGAGGGAGGGGUCGGCGUCGCAGGCGGAGCUGCUGGCUCAGGGCUCGGUGCUGAGGGCCGAGCUGAGCAACUCCCAGCUGGAGCGGACGCGCCUGGAGGGGGAACUCAGCGGCCUGAGGGAGACCAACCAGAGCCUGGACCUCAGCAGCGCCCGCCUCACCAGCCAGUACCAGCUGUUGACUCAGCUGAAGGGGAACAUGGAGGAGGAGAACCGACACUUAGCCGAGCAGAACCAGAGCCUGCUGAAGGAGAACCGGGCCUUACUGGAGCAGAGCCUGGAGCGCCGAGACCAGCACUACUCACAGCAGAGGGAAUACCAGGAGAAGCUGAGCGAGCUGCGUCGGGAGAAGCAGAAAUUGGUGGAGAAGAUUAUGGAUCAGUACCGAGUCCUCGAGCCCAGCAUGCAAGCUCCAGCCAGCAAAGCCAAGAAAUCUAACUGGAUUGCGGACAGGAUGAAGAAGCUAAUCAAACCCCGGGGAGUUGGAAGGGAGGGACGCGCCCUCUUCACCGCCUUGGGCAGCGUGGAGAACCUGGCCGACAGCACCGAAUUCACGUCAGACGCGCACGCACCUCAGUCUGACCCCCGCAGUGCUCCCGUCUCCCCCUGUCCCCUGAGAAAAGCUCCCUCCCAGACGGAGCUGGACAUCUCGGCUCCAGGGACGCCGCGCGCCACGCGCUCCGGCUACGCGGGGCGCCGCAAGCUGGGAUCCCGUCACGGCUGGGGGCUCGGCUUGGCGAGAGGAAGCUCUGGAGUGUCCCAGUCCUUCAGUCCCGGUGACCACAAAACAACCCCCCGCCUGCCGCUGCGCUCCAGCCAGGACAACUCUGCCGUCCUCUGGGAGGGACAGAGGCGCGAGACAAAUACCCCCCAGGCCGCCGCCGCACUGCUGAGCAGUCAGGAGAGUGUGGAAGAGGACGAGGUCACAGACGUUCAGCUCUCCAGUGACGACACGGCGGCGGCCUGAGACGGAGCAGCAGCUCUCCUGACAGCACAUCGUGGCGCAGCUUUGAAACGUCCGCCUAUUUUAGACUUGAGAUCCUCCCGGUAUAUUUUUAAUAGUGUAGUUAGUUGUGAACAUUCUUUCUGACUGUAUUUAGAAAAAAUGUCUUGGACAAGUCAAAAAUAAAACAUAAUACACAUAAUAAUACAUCACUGAAAAUUUUUCCUUUACUACAAAUGAGUUGAUCAAUUUUUUUAAAAAAAUUUUUACCGCUCAGGAUCUUUUCCUACCAACCCGACCACAGCUACCGCAGCAUUAUAUUAUAUCCACAUAUAUGUGUAUUUAUUUAUGUUUUUGGCAUGUUUUUUUAACUUUACUCAGGGCCCUGUCCUCUACAUACAGUGUGCGGAGACGCUUACUGAAGACGGCGGGAGUAUUUCAAAAUAAAUAUUGUUUGUAUGUA